AUGACGACCUACAUCCCCUCACUGACCCUCCCCAGCGUUGUGUUUGAGAACCCGGCCGUGGCCAUUCUGCUGCCCGUGGUAUGUGGAACAGCCACCGGCUUUGCCAUUAGUCCAAGCGCAUCUCAGACUGCAUACCGCACCCUGAAGCAGCCCCCGCUGCACCCCCCGGGCUACGUCUUCGGCCCAGUAUGGACAGCUCUCUAUGCCACCAUGGGCUACACAGCCUACCGCGCAUACACCACCGGCACGUCCUCGUUUGACCCCAACAUGGCCGCUCUGGCAAAGCAUGGAGCAACCCUCUACUCGAUCCAGCUUGCCUUGAACCUCGCGUGGACUCCUCUAUAUUUUGGCCUCGGACAGCCCAUUGCCGCUUCAGCGGACAUCCUUGCCCUGGGCGGUACGCUCGCCUAUCUCGUCAAGGUAUGGGGCGAGGUCGAUCCCAUCUGCGGAUGGCUGCUUGCGCCGUAUCUGGGCUGGGUCAGCUUCGCGACCUACCUAUGUAUCGGCUCUGGCUACUUGAACAACUGGGACUUCAACGCUAUUACCAAAAAGGACUAAGAGAAGGAAUACAUUGAGUAAACUAGAGAAUGUUGUAUUAUUAACUAUACGCAUGCCGCAACUGGGGGGUAUCAUGAAGCUCAUUACCAUUUUGGGCGUAUCCUAUCAUGACACUCUCCACUUUUGGCUGCGUAGUCAAAAGCGACUGUCUCGCCACAUCACCAGUUGUGUGUGCGUUUCCAAAAUGUAUGGUGCACAUACGCAUUCGGUUUCAUCUUAUACGUGCUCAGAGAAGGCGGCAUGACGUGGCAGCAUAGCUGUCGCUUUGUCGAAGAAGCCUUGGCGCACAUAGACCUG